GAGCUCGAGCGGCGUGGCCGUCAUUGACUUCCUGUUUGUACAUCUAGCAAGCAUGCUACAUGCAGCUAGCGGCUAGCUGCUAGCUACUAGCACCAUUCCGGUCAGCUGACGUGCUCACAUGACCGUCUUCAGGUUCGGACGGCUUCGCUGCGAGGGAACACCUUUGGAGAAUCCGGCUGGUUCCGUCAUGUUGGAUUUUGGUUCCACAGGGAGACGCUAGAUGACCGAGUGCUAGCAGCUAGCAGCCCGCCGUGUUCCUAACAAGAAGGUGGACCGAACCUUCGCCUCGGCAACUUGCUGUUGGACUCACCUGACUGCUCCGUAAACAAAUACUUUUGUUUUUUUCCAAGGCUGACUCACUUUAACUUCAAAUGUUUAACCGCCUUCGCCUUUUGAUCAAUUCCAUUGCUAGUUUGGGAUGUCACAAACUUGAGAGGGUGUUCACCGAUGACGUCAUGAAACGGAACGUUCUUCCAUGAAACUUUUUCUGACCUUCUCAGAUGUUCUGGUAGCUCCCCUCCAGGUGAUCGCUGUUCCUGUCCACGAUGGGUCCGGAGGGGAAGAAGCUGAUGAACAUCAUCAUCCUCGGCCUGGGCUUCAUGUUGAUGUUCACGGCCUUCCAGACGUGCGGCAACAUCGAGCAAACCGUCCUCAAGAGCUUCAACAGCACCUCCUUCCACGCCAGCGGAUACACCAGCAUGGCCAUCAUCUACGGCGUUUUCUCCGCGUCCAACCUGUUGGCGCCCUCCGUGGUCGCCGUCGUGGGGCCGCAGCUCUCCAUGUUCUUCAGCGGCCUUCUUUACAGCGGCUACAUCGCCAUGUUCGUGUACCCGUACACGUGGAGCUUCUACACGGCGUCCGUGCUGGUGGGGAUGGCGGCGGCAGUGCUGUGGACGGCGCAGGGCAACGUGCUCACCAUCAACUCUACCGACCAAACCAUCGGCAGGAACAGCGGGGUUUUUUGGGCUCUGCUGCAGUUCAGCUUGCUGUUUGGAAACCUCUACAUCUUCCUGGCCUGGCACGGACACGUGCACAUCUCAGACAAGGACCGCCAGACGGUGUUCAUCUCUCUGACGGUCAUCAGCCUGGUGGGCUGCUUCCUCUUCUUCCUGAUCCGGAAGCCCAACCCGGACGCCGAGGGCGACCCCGGCCACCCGUCCGAGGCGCUGCAGGUGGAGUCCAGCGACAGCGCCCUCAGGUCGCCAGGCUCGGACCUCUGCAGGCAAGCGGUGGAUGCGUUCGUGCAGGCAUGCAAGCUGCUGGCCACCAAGGAGAUGCUGCUGCUCAGCUGCUCCAUCGCCUACACAGGUUUGGAGCUCACCUUCUACAGCGGCGUGUACGGGACGUGCAUCGGCGCCAUGACGCGGUUCGGCCAGGAUGCAAAGAGCCUGAUCGGAAUCUCGGGCAUCUGCAUCGGCCUGGGGGAGAUCUUAGGAGGGGGCGUGUUCGGGAUGCUGGACAAGUGCAACCGCUUUGGCAGGAACCCGGUGGUGCUGCUGGGCCUCGUCACCCACUACGUGGCCUUCUACCUCAUCUUCCUCAACAUCGCCAACGACGCUCCUCUGGCGCCUGAGGAAGGAACGCACCUGCGGGCCUUCAUGGAGCCCAGUGUGGGCGUGGCCUUGCUGUGCAGCUUCCUGUUGGGCGUGGGCGACAGCUGCUUCAACACGCAGCUCCUCAGCAUCAUCGGCUUCACCUUCAGGGACAACAGCGCCCCCGCCUUCGCCAUCUUCAAGUUCAUCCAGUCCAUCCUGGCGGCGCUGGCCUUCUUCUACAGCAACUUCCUGUUGCUGCACUGGCAGCUGCUCAUCCUGGUCCUGGUGGGUCUCCUGGGCACGCUCACCUUCUUCACGGCCGAGCGGCUGGCCCAGGCCAGCUGGCAGGACUCUGACUACGACAGCAUCUGAUGGGGGGGUGGGGGGGCAUGUCCCGUGGAGGACGAUGGGAAUAUUUGUGCACGGCCAGGAGGGAAUCUUUGGGAUUAUUUUCUAUGUUUGAUUGCAUCACUUCCUCUGUCAUGGAUGCCAAAAAGGGAAAAAUCAAUAAAGAUGACAGAAACAGCACAU